CGCAGCAGCUCCUGGUCACUGCAUCAAGUCAAGAACUGAGCAACGGAAGGGCCCCUCUGUCCCCGCCCCACAAAGAGGGUCACAAUGGGGUCAUAGGUCAGGUCGGCGUUAUAGGUCAUGUAGGAGUCAUCCGCAGCCCGCUGGAGCGCCAUAGAGCCUCCGGGGCUGAGCAGCAGGAACUAAACGGGACCAGCUUAGACCAGCGGGGGGGGGAAGACAGGGAGGUGAGCCGGCAGUCAGUGCUGGUGAGGAAGGGGGCUGCUGAGGGGGAGACGAUGACAGCAGCAGCCAGCGCUCCUGCAGCCAUGGACACUCUGACAACCAGGAACCAGCCGCUGCCAUCCCGGAAAUCUGUUCCUCUGCCUGACGCUGCAGAGAGCCCCUCCUCACUGUCCCUGCCCUCAGAGGACCCUCAGGGACACACUGCAGAGGACCAGGGUCAACAAGUAACUGAGGAGCAGCUACACAGGGAGAGGAAUACUGGACACAGCAGUGAGGAGAGGGAGGAGGGGGGGAGUGUGUCUGGGUGCCCUGUGGAAGAAGGAGGAAGUAAAGAUGACCAGGAAGAUAAAAUCACUUUAGCAAAGGUGGAGGCAGAACCAGAGAGCAGCUCUCCAACUCUUAGAAAAGUUGACCAGGAGGAGAAAAAGGAGCAGCAGGGAGGGGGGUUCAAUUGUGGGACGGCUGCCCAGGUCAGGGUGAAGGACACUGGGCUUGCAUCAGGGGAGAGGCAGGGUCCCCUGGAGGAAGCCUCCUCUGAGCUCCAGAAAGAAGGAAUCAGGCUGAAGAUCAAGAUCCCCCCCCAUCGCAGGAGCAAGCUAAGGGGGAAAGGGGGAAAGGAGGGGCAGAAAGAGAGGGGGGAGGAGGAGGAGCCAGAUGAAGGGAGGAUGCUCAGGAGAUCCUCCAGGAUCUGCAGAUCAUCUGCUUUGCCAAACUGCAGGCCAAGCUCCAAGGCUUCUGAGAGCCAGAGAAAGAAGCCUAAACAAACACAGGCACUCUCUGAUAGAAUGGGGGAGGAAGAUGAAGAGGAGCAGAGCUUAACGACAAAGAAAGAGGGAAAAAAGGAACCUGUUGGGCAAAUAAGGAAACAACGGGGUAAGCGGAGGCACCGGCGCCCCCGCUGGUCCAACGUCCGUGUUAAGAGACGCAAACUGAACGAUGAGGAGGAGGUGGAGGACCGAGGGAGGAAACGAGGAGAGGAGGAGGAGGACCAAGGGAGGAAACGAGGAGAGGAGGAGAGUGAAGAAGGGAGUGAUUCUGAAGAAUUGUGUAAAUCACAGGAGCUUCCCAGUGAGGACGCCUGCAGUCACUGCGGACUGCCCAACCACCCGGAACUGAUCCUGCUGUGUGACUCCUGUGACAGUGGGUACCACACCGCUUGUCUGCGGCCGCCGCUCAUGUUGAUUCCAGACGGACAGUGGUUCUGUCCACCCUGCCAACAUGUAAGCUGUGUGUGAUUUCCAUGCUGUUUUUGAUUAUUGAUCAGG